AUGUUACGUAAUUAUUGUUAUUCUAAUAAAUCCAUUGCAAACCGUGCAAUUAGGAGAUUACUAAGCACUCAUGGUGUUAGGCCCACUACUCUUGUUUUUCCAAAUAUUAGUACUAGGCCUACUGUCGUUACUAAGAGAUACAAUAGUAAUUUCCAUAAUGGUAGUAAUGAAGAAAUCCCAAAUAAACUACCGGGUUUGUUUUUAGCUGGUGCUUCAGUUGGUUUAGCAAUUUUUUACGUUUUUGGUGAAUCGUUAGGUAUUAAAAGGGAAAAGAAAGAGGAAGAACCAGAGCAGGUAGAACCGGAGCAGGCAGAACCGGAGCAGGCAGAACCGGAAGUUGCAACAUCUGAGGCUACAACAUCUGAAGUUAAACCUGAAAAUACAACUCCUGAAGCAACCCCUGAAAAUACAACCCCUGAAGCAACUCCUGAAAAUACAACAUCUGAAGUUAAACCUGAAAACACAACUCCUGAAAAUACAACAUCUGAAGUUAAACCUGAAAACACAACUCCUGAAGCAACUCCUGAAAAUACAACUCCUGAAAAUACAACUCCCGAAGUUACACCUGAAAAUACAACAUCAGACGCUACAACACCAGUAGAAAAAGGUAUUGAAGUUGUUGAAGCUGAUGUUUUUGUUGAUGAAAAAACCGAGGAACCAAUUGCUGUAGAAAUAGAAGAGGCUACUUUGGAACCAGCCAACCAAGAAGAUAAGAGUGAUAACACCGAUGUUACCACAGAAUCUAAUGAGCAACCAACCGCGGAUGAUCAAGAUUCCAUUGUUAUUGUACAGGAAAUUCCAAUUAAAGUCACCGAAGGAUUGAAACAAGACCUUGCAAAUGAUGACGUUUCUUUUUCCACUUCUAAUGAUAAACCUUUCGGCAGUAAUGUACUAAGUAAAGUUGAAGAAAAUAUUGUCCAAGAAGAACCCGUAAUUAUUGCUACUGCAACUACAAACAAUGGUUUUUCAGAAAAUGAAAGUGAGCAAAGUGAAGAACCUGUGGUAAUUGUCGAAGAGGAGAUAGUUCAAGAUAUUGAUCCUGUCAAAGUUGCUGCUGCCGCUGGCGCUGCUGCUGGCGCCGCUGCCGCUGCCACUUCUAAUGGUGAUUCUGUUACGACUGGUUCCUCUGCUACCCCUGUUAAGACCCCAGAAGGUGAAAAACGAGAAACUGCCUAUAACCCAGAAACUGGCGAAAUAAAUUGGGAUUGUCCUUGUUUGGGCGGCAUGGCCCAUGGUCCAUGUGGUGAACAAUUUAAGGAAGCAUUUAGUUGUUUUGUUUAUUCAGAAGCUGAACCAAAAGGUAUUGAUUGUGUGGAAAAAUUCCAAAAUAUGCAAAAUUGUUUUAGGGAACACCCAGAACAUUAUGUUGAACAAUUGAAGGAUGACGAUGAAGCAAUGCAAAAAGCUGAACAAGAUGAAGCAAUGCAAAAAGCUGAACAAGAGGAAGAUGAAGCUAUUGUUGCUUCUUCUGAAUAA